GACCCGAUUCUGUGAAGAAAAAAAGAGUUGCUGAAUUUGUCAUGAAAGGCUACAAUGACUUUACGUCUUCCAGGAGUUCAGGAAAUACAUUUGUUCUAUUUUACCAUGGGACAAUUUCUGCUCUAUACUUUCUAGGGGGUCUCGCUCUAGUAGGGGUCGGUAUUUACGCUGAAGUGACUCAUAGUGGGAAAUUUGACUUGGAAUGGACAAAUGACUUUUGGAAGGUUAUAUCAAACUUUGGAAUAGCAGGAAUAGUUGUUGGCGCGGUAAUUGCCCUAGUGGGAGCUUUUGGGUUUUUUGCCUUUGGUCGAGGCUGCUGUGGCAAAUUUUUUAAAUUUGUCUAUUUUAUUCUGGUCAUAUUAUGUUUUCUGGUGUUGUUAUUUACCGCAAUUGUCACUCUUAUGUUGGCUAAUGGUGACAACGUUUCACCUUUCAAAAGUGCAGCCUGUAGUGCAUGGAAGCAAACUGCCUCAGAUGACCCACAAGAAAUAUGCAAGAUCCAGAAUGAAUAUAGUUGUUGUGGAUUUUCUUCUUCAUGUGACCCAACUACAACUAUAUCUACGUGUCCUUGCGUUACAACCAACCAUUGCUACGAAACCAUCAUCCACAAAUAUCACAAAUGGUACCUUCCUAUUGGAGUUGUGAGCUGCAUUCUAGGCGCUUUGACGCUUAUCGAUUCUUUAGUCGUUUGUUGUGUUUGACUUAUAAGUUGUAUCCUAUUCUUUCUUGUUAGUGUUCAAACAAAAACAUAGUGUAAACUUGCUUGUUUUGUAAGAAAAUUUUCAAGUAUUCGUAUACGAGUAUAGAUGUUGGUUAUAUUCUCAAUGUGAUGACAAAUGUUACAAAAUAUCAUUUUUAGUUCUCAACGACUGAUCGAGUUGGAAAGCUCUUCUUGUCAAUUAUUUGCUCCACGAGUUUUCACUAUUGUCGUCCAAACACAAAGCAAGCCUGUGAAAGACAGUUUUCCAACUGAGUAGCUAACACUUGCAAAGAAAUGUUCUAUUUAUAAUACCUGAAGAUCAUGAGAAAUCUUGUCCAAUCAGUUAUUCGGCAACAACUAAGAGUUUAUUUUCUCCAGCUUUGUCUUAGAAAGUUCUCCAAAGAAAAACUAUUAUCUAUGACAAUCGAAUCUCUGGCAACAUGAAGUUGGUAUAACGUGAAAAAGUUAUACAAGCCACUUAGACGCAAGAUUGCACUCAAUAUCAUUCUUCGAUAAGCAAGAUUAGGUGAAAAGUUUACAGUUGUUAUGCAAAGCUCAACUAAAGUAAUAAAUUUGAAAAUGAUAUU